AUGACUGGAAAAGAGAACACGCGUGGUAUUCUAUCACUUCCCCAGGAACUGUAUGAUGAGGUUACCCUUUUCUUUGCAAAUUUUGGCCUAGAUCCCAAGGCCCGAAUUACACGGUUGAUGUGCUUGCGUUUAGUCAGUGUGCCGUUUAAUCGAAGCGCCACUCGAGUUCUAUUAAGUGCCGUACGCUUGAGUGUGGGUCGCCGGUUAGAGACGCCUCAACUCCUCCACGCGCAGUCUCCGAGCAGCAUAAAGCCUAUAUUUACGAGCGACCUUUGUCAUUCCAUUCGAUACCUCACGGUCUGUUCCUCUCAAGCGUGCACAAACACUGUGGAACGACCAUAUGGCAACCUUUUUCAAUGCCUUAAAAGACUCCCUUCGUUACAGUACUUUGAAAUUGAUCACAACAAUUACUACUCGCACCCGCAGGUAGAUCUUAUGCUUUUGGCCCUAAAACAUGCGCACCGAUACCUUCCCAGACUGAGAGGAAUCAGAAUCAUUUCACCGUGGAGCUAUCUCAAGGAGGAUGGGCUGCCCCGCCUCUGCAGGCUCGAGGGUGUUCUACGCAAAUACCUGCCCCAACUUCAACAUAUUGAUAUCGAGUUCGCCUCUUGCUUGUGGUUUACUUCAGGCAAACUUGAGAAUCAAACUUUUCUUCCUCUUUUCCGUCUUGGCCGGGGGCUACGAUCCAUCAGCCUGGAAGGCCUCUGGAUGGGCGCCAACUGUCAUAAAAAGCAUAAACCGGGACGUUGGUUGCACCCAGACGCUCCAAUCGAGCGCAUACGACUCCAUACCAUGGUUGUACCUUUUGGAGUCCUGGCAAGGUUAUUGAGAUAUAAGAGAACAUUGGUGAGCCUGGACAUCAUGGGUGUGUCUCUCUCAACGGGUAAAUGGGAAGACUUUCUCCCAGAGAUCGACAAAUUUCCGUUGUCAUAUCGACAUAUCUCGUACCAUGGUUAUAAUGUACAUGAGAUAUAUAGAUUUUGCAGCAUGAAGUACUAUGAUCUCGUGCGAUCUGAUUAUAGUGAGUUACAGCAGAAGAUGCAAGCCUUGCCCCGGAGACGGAAGAUGGUUCCAAGGCCACUUGCGCGAUUUAGCGAGCAUGGGCUUCGCUUGCACUAG